CGCCGCCGCGCCGCGCCUCGCCUCGCCAUGGUGGAGCGCGGAGACGCGGCGCCGCUGCUGCGCUGGGCCGAGGGCCCCGCCGUCUCCCCGCCGCGGGCCCCGGUCCCGCAGGCUGGAGGCCGGGGAUGGGGCGGCGGUGGGGGCGGCUGGGCGGCCGCGGAGCCUCCGAGGAGGCGGGAGCCCGAGGAGCUGCGGCAACCGGGGCGCCUCGAGCUGGGCGACGUGGAGGAGGACCAGGUGGUGGCCGUGUUCGUGGUCACCUUCGAUCCCCGCUCGGGAAACAUGGUGGAAUGGUGCUUACCCCAAGAUAUUGACCUUGAAGGUGUGGAGUUCAAGUCUAUGGCCAGCGGAUCUCAUAAAAUUGAGUCUGAUUUCAUCUAUUUCCGGAAGGGGCCCUUCUUCGGCCUGGCCUGCUUCGCCAACAUGCCAGUGGAAAGCGAGCUGGAGCGUGGCGCCCGGAUGAAGUCCGUGGGCAUCCUGUCUCCAUCCUACACCCUGCUGUACCGGCACAUGCACUUCCUGGAGAACCAAGUUAGACAUCAGCUGGAGACCCCGGGUCAUUACUCUCACCUGGCUGCCUUCUAUGAGGACAAGAAGGGGGUGCUCCACGCCGGUCCGGGGAGAGGUGGCAGCCUGCCCCCCGUCUACUGGCUGCCUUCCAUCCACCGAUACAUGUACCCCGAGAUGAAGAUAACACACCCGGCUGGCUGCAUGUCUCAGUUUAUUAAGUUCUUUGGCGAACAGAUCCUCAUCCUUUGGAAAUUUGCCUUACUUCGAAAGCGCAUUUUGAUAUUUUCUCCCCCUCCAGUGGGCGUUGUAUGCUAUAGAGUGUACUGCUGCUGCUGCCUGGCCAACGUCUCCCUGCCUGGCAUUGGGGGCACCGUGCCCGAGUCCAAGCCUUUCUUCUACGUGAACGUGGCCGACAUCGAGACCCUGGAGGUAGAGGUGUCUUAUGUGGCCUGCACCACGGAGAAGAUUUUCGAGGAGAAGCGGGAGCUCUACGACGUCUACGUGGACAACCAGAACGUGAAGACGCACCACGACCACCUGCAGCCGCUGCUGAAGAUCAACAGCGCCGACCGGGAGAAGUACCGGCGGCUCAACGAGCAGAGGCAGAUGCUAUUAUAUUCCCAGGAGGUGGAAGAAGAUUACAACCCUUGUGAAGAGGACCUCUUUGUGCUGUUUUUCCUUGAGCAAAACAACCGGAUAUUUCAGACUUUGUUGGAGGUGUCUGCCAGUCAAGACAAAACUUUGACAGCCGAGCAUGCUCGGGGCAUGGGUUUAGACCCCCAGGGAGACCGGAGUUUUCUUAUGGACCUGCUGGAGGCCUACGGCAUUGACGUCAUGUUGGUCAUUGACAACCCCUGUUGCCCAUAAGGAUGAGCUGCUAUCACGCGGGGAUGGCCUGAUUUCUAAUUGACACACAGGAGUAUUUAUACUUCCAACAAAUGUAAUUUUUGCAUCUCCUUUCUUCCCUUCUUCCCAAGAGGUAAGAUGAGAGCGCCUUGAUUUUGGAGGUCGUUGGAAGCUACCACUUUCCGAGCUGCUGCUGGGUUCAGACUUAGGACGUAUCAAGGCAGCCUCUCUCAUCUCCUCAUGAUUGACUUGAGGUGAUGGGGUGAAGGCCACCUAUCACCAGUAGCUCUGGACACCCUGGAUGGACUGUUGGGAAAGUCUGUCUGGUCUCUGUCAUUUGAUGUAUCAAGAAGGAGACCACUGUCCAGUGGGGCCUUGCAUAUCCAUCUGCCCAAAGCAGAAGCUAGACCAGAUGGCCUUCCAAGGUUUUUAUCAGUUCUGGGAGUCUUGUCUUGUGGUCAAAUUCCCUUUCUGGUUUAUUAGAGUAAAUCUGUGUUUUCUCUGUUCAUGUAGAGACUUCAGAAUGGGACAAAGGAUGUUUCUGUCACCAGGUAUGAAGCUUCUCUAGACAGAGGACAGGGAGAGAUGGCUUCUCAGUCAGCUGAAAACUAAAACUGUAAAAAUGAAGCCUUGAAGCCUUUCUCUAAGUUAACGGUGGCCGCUCCAUGUCAUAGUCUUGUUUCUCUGAAUCCCCUCCUGGGACGGGCUGGCACAUUCCUCUGAGCUGAUGUCAACAGGAAUAUGUACCAGUUAGGAGCCUUUAUAAGCAAACUUCUCUUUAGCAGAGGCAACAUUCCUCAAGCUAGGGAACUGGGACCAGAGAAGUACCAGACUUGUUAGCAGAGGCGGCAAUGCCUGUACCCAGGGGAGUGGUUGGGAACCCUGUGUGUGAGUGAUGAGUUGCUCUGCUGUGCUCUGGAGUGCUUGGACCUGGGAUAGCUCCUGUCGGCCCUGCCUGUUCUGUUUGGCUGGAGUGUCCAGUGGGUGUCAGCCUAGGUGAGAUAACCACGGUUUGUUAGAGAAGCCGGCUCCUGUGAGUCGAGCGGAGGUCUUCUGGGCCAGUUCAGGAUUUUGACUUGGGGUCCUAGGUGGUCUGUGACAUAUAACUUCCUCCCCUUCACUGUUCCUGCCUGGCUGUGUUAUUGGAAUAGGUGUCUGUGUAUGUGUCCGGGACCAAGUUCCAGCCAGGCUAGUGUCAGAGAGAAAUAACUUUCAAAUGGAUGGAUCAUGUGUCAUGUCUCGAGACUAGCUUUGUAGGGCUUAUUGCUUUAUUCAAAACCACUCUCACUGCAGCUCCCUGAUACAGAAUUCAAGAUUAAAGAAGUUCACAUGUGGAAAUGCAGACAUUGACUAAUCGAGGUAGUGUCUUUUAUGUAAAUAUAUAAAUAAGUUUGGGCAUUGAAAUGUAAACUGUACAUUUUUCUCCUCUGUGGGUUUAGCCAUUUCAGUAAUAUAUUUGUUUA